UCACACGCAUUGUGGAAUUGCAAAUGCCCCGAAGAUGCUCUUGAAGUCUUUGCGUCUCCUCCUCCUCCUCUUCCAAGUUUGCACUUGCAGAGACACCUUGAGAUCGAACCAAGAAAAGCUCAAGGAUGAAGAUGGUGGGCUUCUGGUGUCUAAAGAAAGCAACUUUGAGUUGGGUUUCUUCAGCCCUGGAAAUUCAAGCAACCGAUACGUGGGCAUAUGGUACUCUCAAUCUAGAGUGUCUGAGAAAACAGUGGUGUGGAUUGCAAACAGAGACAACCCCAUCAAUGAUACCUCUGGAGUUUUCACUAUAAACAGGUACGGAGAGCUAGUGCUUUAUGCUUAUAACACGGAGACCAGUCCUAUAUGGUCUGCAAAUGUGUCUCAUCCAGUUGAAAACAGCAGUACCUUAUCUGCAUAUGUUCAGCUUUUGGAUACUGGUAACUUAGUUAUGUUUCGGAAUGAUAAAGAUGUAAUCUUUGUAUGGCAAAGUUUUGAUUAUCCUACAGAUACUCUAGUCCCUGGUAUGAAAGUUGGGAUGAAUUGGAAAACUGGGGUAGAAUGGGUUUUAACAUCUUGGAAAUCACAAGAUGACCCUGGGACUGGGGACUUUACCUUUAGGCUUCAUAGUUGGAACAUCAAUGCCAUAUCCCAAUAUUUUAUUUAUAAGAAUUUAUCCAAGUAUUGGCGAAGUGAUCCAGAGCCAUGGCCUAAUGUGGUAAGAAAUGCAGAGGAAAUGUCUUAUAUACUAGGUUAUAACACCAAUGAACUUACAAUUAUGAAGUUGAAGUUUUCUGGAUUACAUCAGCACUUAGUAUGGGAUGCUGGUGAGCAUCAAUGGAAGGAGCUGUGGUCGUCACCGAAAUACCAGUGUGACUGGUAUGGACAUUGUGGUGCUAACAGCAAAUGUAGCACCGACAGCGGUAAUCUGUUUGAGUGUGAGUGUUUACCGGGGUAUGAACCAAAAUCUAUAAGUGGUUGGAAUAGGAGGGAUGGGUCAGAUGGAUGUGUGAGUAAACGGAUGGGGUUGUCAAAGUGUGGGAAUGGAGAAGGGUUUGUGAAGGUGGCAAAGGUGAAAGAUCCAGACCCAUCGAAAGGAGCAUUGUUGAAAACAAGUAUGAGUACCAAAGAGUGUGAGCAGGAGUGCUUAAAAAAUUGCUCUUGUAGGGGAUAUUUGAGCAAAAAGAUUGAUGGGGUUCGUGAUUGCUUGACAUGGUAUGAUGACUUGAUGGACAUUUUGGUUUACACAGAAGCCGGACGAGAUUUAUAUGUUCGUGUGGAUAAAAUUCAGUUAGCUGAGAAUGAACAAGGAUUCUUCAGAAGAGGCAUGCUUGUUAUUCCAGUACUGUUUUCUCUACUGGCCCUCAUACUAAUCAAUGCACUUGCAUGUUGGUUGCUUAAGAGAAGGGGGAAGAUAAAAGACUUUAUGGAGGUGGAUGAACUUGAGGAAAGCAAGAGACAUCCGGAAUUGCAAUUUUUUGAUCUGAACACACUAAUAGCUGCCACAGAUAAUUUCUCUUAUGUUAAUAAACUUGGCGAAGGUGGUUUUGGUUGUGUUUAUAAGGCUGAGCUACCAAAUGAACAGAAGGUUGCUGUAAAAAGGCUGUCUAGCAGCUCAGGACAAGGGGUUGAUGAAUUCAAAAAUGAAGUUGAACUGAUAGCAGGACUUCAACACAGGAAUCUUGUGAAGCUUUUAGGUUGUUGUAUAAAGGGAGGAGAAAGGAUACUGGUCCUGGAAUACAUGCCAAAUAAAAGCUUGGACUCCUUUCUUUUUGAUAAGACAAGGUCUUUCUUAAAUUGGGAACAGCGUUUUGACAUCAUCAACGGAGUUGCUCGUGGGCUUUUGUAUCUUCACCAGGACUCCAGAUUAAGGAUUAUUCACAGGGAUCUAAAAACCAGCAAUAUUCUUCUAGAUGCUGAGAUGACCCCGAAGAUUUCAGACUUUGGCAUGGCAAGAAUCUUCGAUGGGGACAAACUUCAGGAUAAGACAAAAAAAGUUGUUGGAACAUAUGGCUACAUGUCACCAGAGUAUGCAGUGUAUGGGAGAUUCUCCACGAAAUCAGAUGUGUUUGGUUUUGGGAUUAUACUAUUGGAGAUUGUUAGUGGCAAGAGAAACAAUGGUUCUUAUGAGGAUGAUUAUUCCAUGAACCUGAUAGGACAUGUUUGGCAUCUGUGGAAAGAAGGAGCAGCCUUAGAAAUAGUUGAUUCGUCAUUACAAUCAUAUCAACCUGAUGAAGUCUUGAUAUGCAUUCAAGUUGCACUGUUGUGCGUGCAAGAAAAUCCAAAAGACCGGCCAGCUAUGUCAUCGGUCGUGUUCAUGUUGACUGGUGAGACAUCUCUUCCAUCUCCUGACCAGCCUGCAUUUGUCUUUGCCAAAAAUUCAAGCAUUCUUGCUGAUCCAAAAGAACUGUAUUCUAUUAAUGACUUGACAAUAACAAUUAUGGAAGCUCGAGGAUGAGGUAUACCCUUUUGUUUAUCCCUAAUUUAUACUAGCUUCUUUAAACUGUGUUACACAGACAACAAGCAUUAAACCAGGAAAGUAAUUAAAAGAAGCUGGUGCACAGUUC